AUUACACCAUCGUAGAGACGUACACCGCAAUGGCUAAAUUGACCGUCUAUAAAAGAGAAAUGUUUGACUUAUUUAUCAGGUUUGAGUUUUUUCCCUUUACUCUAAAAGAUAAUCAGUUCAUAGACAACGGUUGAGAAGAAGGACAUUCAACUAUGGAGGGGAAACGUGGAAAAUCAGGCCGUACAGGACGAACUUUUCGAUCUAAGUUUUCUCAGAUCAAAGGUGGAAGAGUCGAAGGACUUCUGAUACACUCUUCAGGCGUCAGUUCGCUCCAGGAAGAAAAUCAACGUGUAGAAGAAGCGAUUACCUACUCACUGGGAAAACACAAUCGUUGGCUUCUUCCGGAAGUAAUCAAGACCAGCUGUGUUAGCGCUGGAUUCGAUGAAGAACUUGUGUUGGUCGAGCGCUUUGCGAGCGCAAGCGGCAGGAAACAUACUCGAGCAGACUGCAUUUCUGUGUUUAAUUCCAAAAAUGGCACGUCGCGCAAACCCAGACGUAAGUUAGCACACUCAAAAGAUUUACUUCGAGACGACGAGGAGAUCAAAUCUCGGUUUGAGGUAACCUACCCGAAUCCCUCAGCAUCAUGGUUGAAACAACCCAAGAAACCCUCUGGUCAUCAUGGAAAAAAGAAGAAAAAUAGUUGUAACUUUUCUUCCGCCACUGAUUGCUUACUUGAAGAUUAUGAUGAAGAUUAUGAUGACGAUCUGGUUGAAACUGACUUUGACAGUGAAUUUGAGGAGGAUUUUGGAGGGAAAUUGGACAGAUCUUCAAGCCUUGACCUGAACAUGCUCAUGAAAAAAUCUACACCAGUUCUACAAACACAUUAUGGCAAAGAAAGGUCUUCUCUGAACAAAAAUUGGAGGGAGAAACAAAUUGAUCCAGUACAGUCAAAGAGGCAUUUCCUUGUAAGUGAUGAUAUAGAAAUGCACCAAAUGCAUUUGGAGUACUUGGAGGAAAUCAAGGCAGGAUCUUCCCUUUUAGAUUCCAGAGAAGAACAUAAAAAGUCAAACAAGAAAAAUCAAAAUCCUGAAGUGGGUAAGCAAAGGCGUCGUCGUGCAAGAAACCCAGCUGUCUCUUCAGUUUCAAGUAGCAAAGCAGCCAAUGAGUCUGUACCACUACUUAAAACCUGUUCUGAUCUAGUGGAAUGUUCUAGUUCAGACACUGAUGAAGGCAUUGUCCUUACAAUGAGAAAGCGAGAAAUUAUGCCAGAGACCCUUGCACAACAGUGGCCUCACAUGUACAAGGAGGGUUCUAGUUUCCCCAGAACUUUUGCCCUCAGUUUAACAUCGCUUAUACCCCUGACCACUGGUGAUGAAGUCUUUAUCGCUUUCAGAAUACUUAAGGACCAUGCAAGGUGCCACUCAGGUGAAGUAAAAGCUGUAAUGAGUAUGGCUGUUUACAAAGACAACGAUGCUUAUGAAAAAACUGUCAAGGAUUUUAUUUCCCAGAUCAGUAUGAUGCAAACUGAUCAGAAAAUUUGGACCAUGCAAGAAAUCACAGACAUGGCCAUUAGUUUUCAUUCAGAGCUGGCAAAGAACAUAAGUGUGAAGGUGCAUUGCAAAGAGCCACGGAAACCGAGGCUGUCACUGGAUGUUUUCCAAGAUCUGUGUGGAUGGACAUCAAAGACAUUCUCAUCUCACACAGCCAAACGUCAAAUAAAGAAAUGUCUCUCAGAGGUCACAUGCCACCCAGGGACAUCCACUGCCGUUGUUCCUUUGGAUAGCAAUCCUGUGAUGAUGGAAUCUUGUGGAAUCUGUUUCCAAGAGGUUCAAGACAAAGAUAAGCUUUCAGAACAUGAUGGCAUCGUUCCAUUUCUGUCCUUGAAUGGCUGUGGCCAUAAGUUCUGUAACAGUUGUUGGAAAGUCCAUUUGAAGACCCAGAUUGAUCUGGGCCAAAUGAAACUGAGGUGCCCUGGGCAUGAGUGUAGCAUAGCAGUUGAUGACAUUACCUUGAUGUCCCUCGCGCCAUCUCUGUUUGAACGGCUUCUGGCAAAGAGGGUGGACACCAUGCUGGAGAUGAGCCCCAAAUGGAAAUGGUGCCCUGCAGACCGGUGCAAGUUGGUUGUCAAUGCAACAACAAUUCAAGACUCCUCCAAGACUUGUUAUGCAGAACACAGUGGUAGUGUCCAGCCUAUGCCAGUGGCAUGUGUCUGUGGUACCAUGUGGUGUUUCAAGUGCCAGGAAGAUGCUCAUUGGCCAGCUACCUGUGAGGAAGCUCAGGAGUUCAGGCAGAAGAAUGCAUCUUAUGCUCGAUUUGCGACAAGGAAGGAAAAAGAGCUGAUUACCAGUGUACAAGUGAAGCGCUGUCCCUCCUGUUAUUACCCUGUAGAAAAGGGUCUUGGUUGUAAUCAUAUGACAUGCAUCUUCUGUCGCAAGGAAUUCUGUUGGUCUUGUUUACAAGACUGGUCAGUGUCUACUAUUAAUCACUCACAGUGUAGACUUGUUCAACUGACAAAAAUUCAGCUGACCACAAAAUGUGUAAACAGUGUGUCUUAUCAGCAUAUUGCAGUUACAAGUCGGGUUGCCAGGGCUUCAAGUUUGAUAUGUCAGAUCCACAGAAAACUUGACAAGAUAGAACAUGAUCUUAACAUUUAUUCUAAAUGCUUUCCCCUAAGACCAGAACUAAAAAAGACAAGCUGUACAGAGCAGCAGCUCAAGAAGCUUUGUGAGAAUAAUGCUGUCCAUCUGUUAAAGAAAGUGUUCAAUUUUAAAUUCCAAGCACAUUUAGCAUUAGAGGGGCUGGCAAUUAGGUUGUCAUUUUCAAAUGGUGCUGUGGGCUGUAGUAAGAAACUUGCUUUGGAGUUUAGCAGGUUGUUUUUUAUUGUGGAGAGAAUGGAAAAUAUCCUUCAUGACUUGAAUUGUUGUCUUACUAGGAGAGAAAUUUUAUCAAAACUGAAAUAUUUUAUUAAGUUUGGUAAGAAGUGUAUUCUUUCAAUCGGCAGGAGAGUGAAUGAGUAUCAUUGAAAUCUUGUAAUUAAGCAGUUUUGAAAAGUAUUGUCAGCAAUGGUUGUUACUAAACAGAAAUGACGAAAGUGAAAGCAACUGAAUAGAAAUUUUCAUAUAUUAAUUAUGAUUUAAGAAUUAAUUGUUCUUUUUAAUUAUCACUGCAAGACUCUACUGUUUAUUUUAUUUUGUGUGACACUGUAUAAUGUUUAUUUUAAAUUUGGCCUUUGUCCUUCUGGGGCAAUCAGUGUGGGGCUUUUCAUUUUAGCUUUAGAACACAUGUUAAUUUGAAGGUUAAUUGUCAUUAGAUGAGAGAAUUUAAGACCAGUGGAUAUAAUUUUUUUGGUUAUUCCUGAGAAGAGAGUGCUUUAUCAAUGCCACAUCCCCAUCUUGGAUCUCUUUGUUCAUUCUCAUUACCUUUAUGUUUAGGAGAAUUGUCAUACUGAUCAUUCCUGAGAGUCAAAUUUUAAAACAAUUUCUUUGAUGCUGGUUGCUAAGCAAUUCAUUUAAAUUACAGGUUAUACUCUGUUGAAGUGAAACCAAAUCUUAUUUAACUAGUGGUAUGAUCGGGAAAUGUUGUGGCACUGAGUGAGAAGAAUUGGGACUCAAUUUUAAGUAACUGAACAUGUAAGAGUAAAGCAUUGAUUUCAAGCAACCAGUUUAUUUUCCUUUCACUGUUGUAUGUCUACAUAUUGAGGAAUAUUUAAUGAAAAUAAAAGUCCUGCAUAUUACCUUACUUGUGAUGGCAUAAUGAACAUGCAAUUUAUGUAAUUUUGAACUGCAAUGAAAAUAAAAAUUAAGGAAAUGG